AUGCCGCCAAAGGCACAACAGGAACCGGAAAUGGAUGAGGAGGAUGCCAACGUUGAGGUUGCACCUAAGGACCUCGACGAUAAGUCGCUUCGGGCAUUUAUGGGUUUUCACAAGACCCUAACUGAGGAUCCCCACAUCAUUCGUUUUUUCGACAGAAAGGGUUACUACUCCGUGCACGGCCCCGCAGCCAACACAAUUGCACGGCAGUUCUAUCGCACGACGGCGGUCGUCCGCGGCGCCGAUAGCGGCCUGCCGUACGUUAAUGUGAACCGAGCUAUGUUUGAGACUAUACUGAGGGAGCUGCUGCUGGGCGGUACGGCACAUAUUGUGGAGCUGUACGAGUCCGUAGGCACUGGAUGGAAGUUGGUCAGGUCUGCCACCCCCGGCAAGCUGUCUGCAUUCGACGAGGAGCUUUAUCGCAGCGCGGAGAUGUCGGAGGUGCCUCUGGUGGCGGCGAUCACCUUCACAGUGUACGAGGGACAAGUCACUGCGGGCGUCGCCUACGUGGACGCCGCCAGCUGCCGACUGGGCGCCUGUGAGAUGGUCCUGGACGACCAGCUGAGCGGUCUGGAGGCGGUGCUGGUGCAGCUGGGGGCGAGGGAGGCGGUCGUCAACAAGGAUUCCCUGCCCCUGCUUGACGCGGGUCAGCGGUCUCGUCUGACUGCUCUGCUGGAGAGUGUGGGCCUCAUGGUGACGGAGCGACCCGCGGGACUGUUCAGCGCCAAACACCUGGAGGCGGAUCUGGCCAAGGUCAUCAAGGGCGGUGCGGUCGAGCAGCACGGUGACGUGUUGGAGCGGCGUACGGCCUGCUCGGCACUUGCUGCUGUACUGUCGUACGCGGAAGUGAUGUCCGAGUGCGGUCAGAGCGGCAGCGGCGGCCGUUACGUGUUGUCCUUGUACAACUCCGGGUGCUACAUGCGAUUGGACGCCACUGCGCAGCGGGCGCUGAACGUGUUGCCCACUCGGACGGACGCGAACGCCACGUACAGUCUGUACGGUCUGCUCAACCGUUGCCGUACAGCUAUGGGGAAGCGGCGCCUCAAGACAUGGUUGAAGCAGCCGCUGGUGGAACUAGCCGCCAUCGCCCAGCGCCACGACGCGGUGGAGGCGAUGAAAGGGGAUGCUGAGAUGCGGCAGAGACUGCGGGACCAACAAUUCAGAGGCCUUCCGGACGUGGAGCGGUUGACUCGCAAGCUGCAGUCCCGCCGCAUCUCCCUCCAGGAGCUGCACCAGCUGUACCGGGCCUCUGCCCGCCUGCCCCUCAUUGAGGAGGCCAUUCGCUGCCACGAAGGACCGCAUGCGGCCAACCUGGUGGAGAGGUAUGCUGACCCCCUGGCUCAGCACCACGACGGCGAACACCUGCAGAGGUUUGAGGAGCUGCUCGAGGCAGCUCUUGACCUGGAGCGGCUGCCUGAGGAGUACCUGAUCUCCCCUUCGUACGACAACCGACUGGCCACCUUGUCUGAGGCCAAGCAACAGCUGGAGGAGGAGAUUGCCGACCUGGCGCAGUCCGCCGCUGACGACCUGGGGCUCAUCCUGGACAAGACCCUGAAGCUCGAGUGGCACCGGGCAGCCAAUGUACGAACCAGGUGCUUGAGGAUCACUCAGAAGGAGGAGAAGAACGUUCGGAGCAAGCUGCAGGCCAAGUACUUGGUGAUUGAGACUCGCAAGGACGGCACCAAGUUCACCAACCGGGCCUUGCGUGACGCGGCUGAGCGCCUGAACGCGGCCUCGGGGCAGUACCUGGCGCUGCAGUCGGAGCUGGUGGAGCAGGUCGUGUCGGUGGCCCAUACCUUCGUCGAGGUGUGGGAGGCGGUGGCGGCCAUCCUGGCAGAACUGGAUGUACUGCUGUCGUUUGCGGAGGCAGCUGACGUGGCGCCGGUGCCGUACGUACGGCCCGACAUGUUGGGGCCUGACGAGGGCAUCAUUGAGCUGCGGGAGUGCAGACAUCCCAAUGUGGAGGUGCAGGACGGCGUGUCCUUCAUCGUUAACGACUGCGUCAUGAAGCGCGGGGAGAGCUGGUUCCAGAUCAUCACGGGGCCCAACAUGGGGGGGAAGUCCACGUACAUCCGCCAGGGCGCCAGCAGCCACUCCCUGGUCAUCAUCGACGAGCUGGGUCGCGGCACCUCCACCUACGACGGCUUCGGACUGGCCUGGGCCAUCAGCGAGCACCUCGCCGGUCCGGAUGUGGGGGCGCCCACCCUGUUCGCCACACACUUCCAUGAGCUGACGGAGCUCAAGGCGGCAGUGGGGGUCAAGAACAUGCAGGCCACCGCAAUCAUCGACCCCGCCACCCAGCGUCUAACCAUGUUGUAUCGCAUCGGGGAGGGGGCGUGUGAUCAGUCGUUCGGGGUGCAUGUGGCGGAGAGUGCGGGCUUCCCGCCGCAGGUCAUCGCGAUGGCCAAUCAGCGCCUCAAGCAGUUGGAAGCGGGGCAAGCCAGGUUGCACGUCCCUGCCGCCAAGCGGCUGCGGACGGAGGGUGGUGGCGCACCGGGCCCGCAUCACAAUGAUGAUGAGGCGGCUGCAGCUGCGGACGUCGCGGAGCUGCAGUCGUUCCUGCGCCGCUUCUCAAGCCUCCCGCUGGACGGCAUGUCCCCGGAAGACGCUGUGACGGCCGUGGACCACCUGCUCACUGCGCUCCCACAGCGACUGAUGACUGCUGUGGCCAUGUAA